AUGUCCUUCUUCUCAUCAUGGAUCAAAGCUAUUUUCAUCAUUGGUUUGGCAUUUUCUCUUUAUUCUGAAACUGCUUUUGUAUCUUCUGGAGAAAUUCGCAAAAGGCCAGAAUGUAACGUGUAUAAGGAUCAAUUACACUUUUGCACAAAAGAAAAAGAUCCAGUCUGUGCAACGAAUGGCCAAACGUACUCCAAUAAAUGCCAUUUCUGCAGUAAAAAACUAGAAAGCAGAGGAAAAUUUGGUUUUAGUCACUGGGGUCAUUGUUGCUGA